AUGUCGCAGAUGGCGAACGGUGACAUCAACAGCCAGGCUUUCUGGAAUGAGUUCAUGCGAAGACCAGAUGCAAAAGCGGCAUACCAAGCAGAAAGGCGUCUGCAGGAGAAGAAGCGCCUGUGGCUGGAAGAGCGGAGAGCUGUAGAGGAACGAGCAGAGCACCGUCGUUUGCUCGCUGAUGCCUUGGAGGAAGCACCUGCUGACCUGAAGAAGCUCGUGGCGCCUAUGUUCCACAUCAGGUUUGUUGAGGAUUACUUGUGGAUGAUUUACGAUGAGUGCUUCAAGAAACAGAAAGACUUCAAGGAAAAGUUGAAGGAUGGCGCGACGGCAGAUCAGCUACGUAAGAUGCGGGAAAACUUCCAAGCUGGCGGAGAGGAGCGAAUGGCGGACAUGGAAAAAGAGUGGCAUGCUCAGUGCAAGGCGAUGGCAGAAGCUGAGGAGAAGAAGAAGGAAGUUCUUCCGCAAAGCAUUGACAUUCACACCUUGAAGCACGUGCUGGAGUACGCGCAGGAGUGCAAGCGCGAAGGCAACCUCAAGUUCCAGGAGGGCCUCUACGAGGAGGCCCUGUAUAUCUACUCACAAGCCGAUGAUGCCAUGAAGAAGUGGAAGGUGGCCAAGCAUCUCAAGAACGAGGAGAAGUGGUUGAAAGACUAUCAUCUGGCUUGCCUCAAGAACAAAGCGCAAGCAGCUCUAAAGCUGGAGCUCUUUCAGACCGCGCUGGAGGCCUCCGACGCGGCGCUAAGUAUCGACACGGAGGACCACAAAGCCUGGUACAGGAAAGUGCAAGCAGAGAAGGGCCUUGGCAGAUUCAAAGAGGCAGAAGAGUCGCUAGCAAAGCUAGAGGAUGUGGCUCAGUGGUGUCCCGACAGACGGCGCAUUUUGAGAGACUGCGAGGCAGAGAGAAAGAGGAUCAAGGUGGCGCGAGUCAAGCAUCGACAAUCGACCCAAGAAAUGUUGGGUCGAGCCUUCGAGGCGGGCGUCUUCAGCAUUGACAGAGAUCGCGAGUUAGAGGAGGCUGCCAAGAAGUUGGAGGAGCCACCUGCGCAAAUGCAGGUCUCCACGGAGCAGAGGAAGAGCUUGGAGGCACAGGCGCGACCGCUAGAACGCAAGAUCCAGCUGACUGCAGCACUGGCUGGAGACUUGAUGGAUGAGCUCGCAGCAGCAUACGGUCAGAAGUGGUUCCAGGAGCGGGUGCGAAAAUGUGCUCGAGACUCCGGCUUCGAGCGGUCUGUUUUCUUGAUGCGUCUCAAGGAUGUGGCCUUUGAAGUUCAGAAGCCCGUUCUGGAGAAGUGGGGUUUUGAGGGCAACGAGCACGGCGUUCGUGAGAUGACCGCUGCUAUCCGCGAGCAUGCCGGUAGAACCGGCAAGGACAUGCCUCAAUGGCUGAAGGAGAAGCAAGACAGGUGCCUGGAGCUCUUGUAUGGUGGCCCGGAAGGUGGGAUGUUGGACAUCCUCAAGUGA